AUGGCGGUCGAUGCGCAAAAUGAAGGUGCGAAACGUUUGCAGACUCUGAAUGAUAUCCUCAUCGACGAACGAUACCGCAUCGACUAUAAAAUUGGUGAAGGGGGAUUUGGUCUCGUCUAUGCAGGAACUGAUACGAAGUUAGGCGACGAGGUUGCUAUCAAACUUUCGCAUGUCAACAUCAACCCCGAAAUUAUAAAGGCCGAGGCAGACACCUACACGGUGCUUGCUGGGGGUGUCGGAAUACCGCGAGUCCGAUGGUUUGGAGAGGAAUGCGACUACUAUGCCCUGGUCCAUGAACUUCUUGGGCCAUCCCUCGAGGAUCUUUUCAACUACUGCGACCGGCGAUUCUCGAUCAAGACGGUUCUCCUCAUAGCCAAUCAGGCUAUCUCUCGAAUUCAAUACAUUCACGACAAGGGGAUUCUACACCGCGAUAUCAAGCCAGAAAAUUUUCUCAUGGGGACUGGGACAAAAGGAAACAUUCUUUAUACUAUCGAUUUUGGUUUAGCCAAAGAGUUCCGCAAUGCUGAGCGUUUUCAAUCUCUACAGGGCCUGCCGUUUGGUGGUACUAGGCGAUACGCGAGCCUAAACAAUCACAAUGGACGAGAACAGUCCUGGGGGGAUGACUUAGAGUCGUUAGGAUACGUGUUGCUAUACUUUGCGUGCGGCACCUUACCUUGGGUAGGGCUCAAAGCAGCGACUGAGGCGGAAAAGGAUGAGCUGAUUAAGAAGAACAAGAUAAGUCUGCCUGUGACAGAGCUUUGCGGAGGGCUCCCUCCGGAGUUUGCUACUUAUGUCAGCUACACUCGGUCACUAGGCUUCAAUGACAGGCCCGAUUACGCUUAUCUUCGCCGACUUUUUCGUCAUGCUUUCUUGAAUUCUGGGUUCAAGUACGAUAACAUUUACGAUUGGACGGAGCGUCGAUUUCGCGAGAUGCAAGGGGACAGCCCUGAGCAUCCAUCUCAAACAUGA